GAGGCCCAAAUGAGCGAGGAGGAAUCGACGGAUGAUGAAGGUUACUCGACUGAGCGCUCGACUUGCGUCACAGAGAAGAGAGUGGAGCGCGCGCUGAUCUAUUUGUCUAUUCCAACAUUCGUCGAAUCUGUCAUAACGGCAUUAGUUGCAUAUAUUAUACUCUUUGUAUGAUAGCUUAGUCUCUGGAUUCUGGACGACUGUAAAAUACACUGCGAUACACCGUCGAAGCGCCAACAAGAGAAAGUCAGAAGACCAUCGACGUCCAGACUACACUAGUACUUAAGCUUGUAGUCCCAGACCCUCAUUCUUUUUCAAGGUCUACUUGGCACUCCGCUUUCGCACGUGGUCAAAGAGAUUUGAACCGUACAUCCAUUCAACAUCCUCACCAUCUGGCACCCGCGAGACUGAAGAGAACAAACCACUCAAACCACUGCAAGCCUCUACUACGGCUAUGGUCGCCACAAAUCCUUUACGUGAUGAUAAGCUCCAUUAUCAUCACCUUACCUCAAAUGGGCGAAAGGUAUUGAAGGAAAUAACUGCAAGGACUUCAGAGACUGGCGUCAUGGAAUUCCACGGUGUUGAUGCGCGAGAAUACGAAGUAUUACAACAUGUGCUGGAAGAAAUGGGCCGGAUAAAGCCCAGGCUGACUUACGACUAUAGCAAGCACCUCCUCUUUGUCGACAUACCUAGUCCCCUUCACGAAGCACCCUUUAUAAAUAUCAGAGACUCCCUUGCUUGCACGAUCGAACAUCUUCCUUAUGAUCACGACGUCAUUUGUCCAGCCAUUAACAUGAACCUACCGUUGGAGAUUGAAGACAUAUUGGCUACGCUGCAUAUCUCCAUCACGUUGACGAAAGCGGAGAGACCUAUCACCGAGUUGUUGGUUCCACUCAUCGGGGAGUGCAUAUGCUCAGAGACUAAGACUAAGUCCCACAUCAUGGACAAGAUGAAGAAGACAAUCGAUGCUCAUCCUGAGAUCAAUAUGGUCAUCUUAGGGAUUGUCCAUGAGGCUCAGGCCUACGAGUGUCCGAAGAUAGGUUCUGUUGCGUCAAAGACUCUCCUAAAGUCACCAACACCCAUUCCUCGGAGCAAAUUCAUCACCAAAAGUUUCCCACCCUGCGAAUCCAUCAACAUCGCGGAUCACAACUGGUGUCAUCUCAGCUUAGUGGAGUUCUUUGUGUGGGUGAAGCAAGACGGUGAUACACAGAUAGACCUUGAUCAAGACGAUAAUGACCAUAUGGCACGCGGUGUAUUGUACCCUGAGGUCCGCAUGGACGCUGUCACGAAAAUGUUCCAACAAGGGUUGGAGAGGAUCAGGGACACUUUCGUCGAUUUCACCAAACACAUCAGUACGAUUGUCGAUGUUACUAGCCUAGAGGAAGCCGAAGUAGUGUUUCCAAUCAGUUGGAAAGAUGCUUUCAUAGCAGCAGAUGUCUCGGUAGACGCAACCGCUUACGCUCGAUACAAACAUUGGCACGAGAAUCAGAUCAAUCCCACCAAACGCACAUGGGAUCUCUCGUAUUCACCCUCUGACUCGGAGUCCGAGUCGUCGGUGUCAGAUGACGCUAAAUUGCAAGAAGGGACCAGUCUCUCUUGUGGACGCCCCAGGCGCAAGCGGCGUCCCGCCUCUCAGCCUCCUCCUCGCUGACUCGGACUGGUCGGAAACACCGUGGCUAGCUGCACUCCAAGAAUGGUCGGUAGAUCGGACAAGCAACUCCUAGUACUAUUGUUAGAUGUUUGGGGUGAAUGGUGGAUGAAAGGAGGUCCGACUAUCAUUUUGAUGGUAUCGAAUUUUACGUUUCUGACUCGGACUCCAUCUCGACACGAAAGUUGAUUUUAGUACUUCUCGCUACAAAUGUUUAGGCUCGUCACGAUACACGAUGUACUAGUAGUUGUAAUAUUUUCUUCGCCGCGUACUACUAUCAUUCACUGCGCAAACGAGAAAUUGACCGGACGCGGCUAUCUGGAUAGGCAGAUGUACUUGCUCGUAUGCAGUUUGGGUAUAGUUGACUCUUUUA